AUGGCUCGGAUCACCAUCCAUCUGCUCACGCUGCCAUGCGAAGGGGCAGCCGAUUUGAUUUCCCACGCGCACACACGCGAGAGACAGACCCGGUCUGCCCCGGAUGCUGACUGGGUGCGGCGCGAUGAUGGAACCGGCGUGACAGGGAUCUGUUCGGUUGAUUGCAUCGUCGGUGCAUGGGCCAAUGAUGCCCAUCCCCGACCAUUGGGCGAACCCCAGCCGACGAAGUACGAGGCUGGCCGUUAG